CUGAGCUAAAGGACAGGCCGGGCAAGAAUUAGCGUGAAAACCUAUAAUCUUCUAGGAGAACGUACGAUCGUCGUGGGAGGUCGGAAAUUCGCUUUUCGAUUUCGUUUCUCGAUCUCUUGGUCGUGAAUGUAGUACUAUUCGUGGUCGUUGCAAAACUAUAAAUCUAUGGGGCUACGUCGUAUCUGUACAGUGUGAUCUGAUAUGUACCCAUCACAUCUGUCGCCAUCAGAAGCAGUUUUGUAUCUGUACAGUGUCGUGAUGUUGGGCUUCCGCGAAGGAAGGGAACACAGCUCCACUUUCGCAUCUUCGUUCCGCACGAGCUCUACUGCGGCUACCUUUCGUUGCCCGUUCGAUCUCUGUCGUAGUCACCAACAUCGAGUCUGAGCCCACUCGUCGCUCUUCAACAUAGAUAUUUGAUAAUAUGUUGUGGUGCAAAGUACUACGCAUCCGUCCUCGUCUCUACAUGAAUGUUGUUCCGUCCCGUUGUACAAAGGUAGUUAUAGUUUGUUUGGCUGGUAACAGACUAGAAACACCUCCGUAGGCGGGGAGGUGUGUGUUAUAGUGUUUGCUUUACGACCUCGGAGGUUGUUCUUGUAUUACGGAAGACGACAGUAUCUUCGAAGUUGUACGCCAAAAAUCAAGGUGCCACCUCAUCUUGCUUUCUACACGACGAACCUUACGAUAAAAAUUCACCUGAUCAUUGUGAAUACUACACGUCGCAAAAGAAAUUGAUAGAACAUCUUCAACACAAUGGACGCGACUGCCGACGACCCGAGUUCGCGGCUAACCGCCGCCAAGAAGGCGUCUCAAGCGUUUCAGCAGGUGGAGGCGGCUAUGCAUUGCAAAUAUCGAUCUGGGUCUGGAAGAAUGGAAGUUUGUCAUGCUUGUCUCUCAUGACUUCUCACCCUGUGAUGCAUGAGCAGGAUGAGAGUCGCCUGCCUGUCAUGCAAAAGCGCAGUUUGCCGUGCAGAAGUCGCAACACAUUUAUAGCAGCUCAAGAACUUGCCAUGCUUGGCUUCGUAUCGCAGUGUGUCCACCAUUGCCAAGCCAGCAUCACAAGUUUCCAGACAUCCAGGGAUAUUUGCAUUUGAUAGCGGCCCGGACGAGAGCGGCGUCGGUGACGGCAACCAGCGGACACAGACGGGCGAUGCUCAUUGUGCUGCUCGGUCUCCUGCUGGUUUUUAUCCCCUGCGAGGUCACGUUUGCGGUCCUCUAUCUGCAAUUCGGAUUCACGAGGGAGCACGAGGCCAAAGCACUGCACGGUCAGGCUGCGAUAUGCAAGAAAAAAACUGUGUAAGUGCAAGUCUGUGAUGCAGAAAAUGCAAAACAGUUUACACUUGUCAUGCUAGACACAUGCGUCAGAGCCUCUUUAUAUAUAAUUCCGUACGUGUUUUCACGUAGUACUAGCCGCGCAUGACAGGCUCUCUCUGUCAUGCAGAGCAAACUUGUGAUGCUAUUCCUCCUACUAACACAGUUUUUUCCUUGGAUAUGCGACGGUGUUGUUACCGAGAAAGGUGAUCACAUCGGAUGGCGUAUCCUGAGUAAAAACGUCCCCCCCCAUAGUCAAGAUGAGAAAUCUGCUAGACAAAUCCCUAAGCUUUCGCUAUCGCGCAUGACAAAUUUGGGCUCGCAGUGUAGUCGUGUUUAGCUAGUGCAGCGGCAUUACAGACCCAGUCUGUGACGCUGAUUCGAGCAUGACAAAUCUCCAAUCGCCACUAGAAAACGCCUCUCAUGUGUCUCCGCAUGAGAAGCAAUUUAAGCAUGUAGAUUUGCAUUACAGCUCUGGGGUUGGGACGUUUUUCCUCAGGAUAUGGCGAGAAGCUGCAGUUUGUGAAAAGCGCCGACGCGAAAGCGGAGGCCGAGCGCGACGGGACAACGACAACCCCCGAGGGUGGAGAUAUCAAAUGCAAAAGUGUCUGGGUCUGGAAGAUUCUAAACUUGUGAUGCUGUCUCUGGAUUCAAAAAAAAAUUGUAUAAUUGCUUGACCAGCAAGAGGACUGGGCUACGCGGAGAGGGGAUUUCUCAUGCGGAAUAGGCAUUAGGAAGCACUCUAAAAAUCUGUGAUGCUCGUGCACGCAUCACAGACUGCACGGGUCAUGCAAAAUAUGCAUGACAAACCUGGCAAUCUUCCAGAGCCAGACAUAUUUGCAUUUGAUAGGAGACGAGCGGCCGCAAGGACCACAUGGGGAGGCGGCGGUGAUGAAAAGUCCCGCUCCAAUGGGCCCCAUUCUAUCAAAUGUAAAAAUGUCUGGGUCUGGAAGAAUGCGAGAUUUGUCAUGCUUGUCUGGCAUGACCGAAAAGUUUGUGAUGCGUGUCCAAGAAGAGACCCUUUUCUUGCCUGUCAUGCAAAAACGCAGUUUGUCAUGCGAAAAACGCAACACAAAGAGAAAGAAGCGCAGAUACUUCUCAUGCUUGGCUGUGCAUCACAGAGCAUUCACUAUUCCCAACGCAGCAUUACAAGUGUCCAGACCCAGACGUUUUUACAUUUGAUACAUUCAGGCACAGUGCAACGGCUUCCUCUCCACCCUGGUUGCUUUCGGCAUGCUGUACCUGGUCUGCUUCGCAAAAGUGAUCAGCGUGAAACACAGCGCAUUUCCAUAUCGCGAGCAAAAACUGUUUCACUGUAAACUUGUCAUGCAGAAAAUGCAUCGCAGACGUGUUUGUCAUGCCACACAUGCAAGACCGUGGAUUUGUAGCCGUAAUUUAUUCCUUUAGCCUUAGGAAGCACGCAUGGCAACUAUGUGUCACGACAAUACGAACUUGUAUUGCAUAACUUGCAAAGAAGUUGUCACAUUAAAGCAGUUUUUUCUUUCUAAAUUCUAGCGCUCUUCUUCCUCCUUCUCCUGCAGGUUGUAGCCGUAUUCAUGACCUUAUCAAAUGCAAAAGUGUCUGGGUCUGGAAGAGUGCAUGUUUGUCAUGCUUGUCUGGCAUGAUUCUUAAAUCUGUCACGCACGUUACCCAAGAGCCCCAUUUUUCUGUCAUGCAGAAACGCAGUCUGUCAUGCAGAGUAGGCAACACCUAGAAGCUCAGAAACUUGUCAUGCUGAGCCAGCACUUGUGGCCUCCUCAUGAUACGCCACCCAGCAUCACAAGUUUCCAGACCCAGACAUUUUUGCAUUUGAUGGACCUCUUCAGCGGCGCGGCAGGGAAUGAAGACUUUGCUGACCAUGAAGGCGUUCACCAACUCGGCUCCGUUCUACUACAUGGAUACCUGGUGCCUGUUUUCGCGCUGCUUCCUGCUCUUUUUUCUCGGCAUCCCGGCAGCGGCCUAUGGGCGGUGGACGCUGGAAGAGGCCAGCGACGACGGGGUGAGCGACGCGCGCUACAUCUCCGGCCAUGCAUCAUCGGGCGGGAUCGUGUAAGUUGCUAUAUUAGUACAACUCAGUAGCUGGAAUUUUUAUAGCAGCCAUUAGGUGCUAAAACUAAGAGAUAAAGAUGGCACUAGCUCCUGGGUUCGAUGAUGUUGUAGCACGAACGUCGAAGUAGAGCGGCAAAUUUUUAUUCGAUAAUUUUCGUGUGCGUCGUUUGGUUUUUCGAUUUUGAUUCCUCUUCCUUCCACCUUUCCAAAGAAAGAUGAAGAUUCAUCAAUUUGAAAAAAAUUAUACGAAUUUUCAAUUUCCCAAUAAUUCUAGCCCGCUGCUGCGACACUACGGAUGCUUAUCCAGGUGGAAAAAAACUGUGUUAGACUAUUAGCCUUGUUUCUGGAUUAUGAACUACAGCAUCCUCACAUGUCUCGCAUGACAGACAAAUCAAAAAAUUUUGUCUCGGUAGCUGCGUGUGAAGAUGAAACCACAAAUGGACGAAUAAAUAGUAGCCUGCUAUGAAGAUGCAUAAGCAUAUCAUUAUCGAGCGUGACAAGAGAAGUGUACUGGGAGGCUUGAAAUUUUUUAAUGCGAACUAACACAUUAUUUAUUUUUCUUGGAUAGUGUUGCGGGUUACGGCCAGUGCCGGGCGCAGAACUCGGCCCAGAGGCGGAGGAAGAAGAAGUGUCAGGACGGAGCACCAGGGGAGCCGCCUCUACAACUAGCUCGACUACUGGUCACUUUGGUUCCAGAAGGUCAAGAAUUCCCGGGGCGAGAGGCUCCCGAGACACGGGCAAAAGUACGAAAGUGGAGAUGACUGCAAGUAGCAGCUUCCCCCCUCGUUGUUCUCAUUCGCAGAGUUGCAACAGAAAAGCAUGACAAAUUUCACAGCGAAAUUCCAGAUAGGUAUCUAUCGGUUUCAUGAUGAACAACUUGUCAUGCAAUAUAAAAGAAGCAAGAGCAAGACAUGAGUUCUUUGGCCUUCCGCAUGACUACAAAUGAGAAGUACUUCUUACGAGGGUGGAAAGUCGUGGUUCUCUCCACUGGCAUAAAGAUCGAGCCGAUCGCGGAGAGCGAUGAGGAUGAGACGCUCUUGCCGCCGCGACCACCAAGCACCUACACGGUGUAAAAAACGCACGAAGUACUCACUGGUGGAAAAGAACAGGAGAGAUGAUGGAAAUGAAUGAAAGUAUGAAGAUCAUUAACUACUUUGGCAAUAAGCUCUGUGAAUGGAACUCGUCAUGUAGAAGAGAAAGGAAGCUAAGUAGCCGUAUUUCGAAGAAAAGACUUUUCAUGAAUUUGAUGCGCAUUCGACGACUGAAAAUUGAAUUUCAAACGACAGGUAGGCUUAGUUUGCAAGCAUACGCAGAAAUUAUUUUGGAUUUGGAUUUUCAUGUGUACAUCUGGCUGCUACAAAUUCGAUUCGUUUUGUACAAAAUUAACUCAGGAUUUCUAUACGAUUGUAAAUUAUUCAUUUGCUGAUUUGGUCGUGUCGCAGUCGCAACCCUGGUGCAGGGUUAUACCCGUACUGAUUUGUUGCGAUCACUCGAUUUGUGUACAAUAUUUAACAAGUAUUAACAAGUACGAGAGCAGAAGUAAUUAUAUCCACCCGGUUUCAUCUUUACGUAAACUUUCCGUGUUUGCGUGGCUUCGCGCAUGUUCCACUUCCCCUUCGCUUCGUUCUCUCGAUGCCAUCAUGCAUCGCGAUGAUCAUUCUCAUUCAAAAUGUGGUCGUGUAAGCAGGUCCAGAACUGCUUUCGUCUGAACUUUUCUACUUCCAAGGAUCAUCUUGUGUUGUAAGUACCAAUUUGUUAUUUCAACACGAUCUUCGUUCCUGCUCGGUUGACCGGGGUCGUGGAUGAAAGCUCUAGUCGUAAAUAGAUAAGAACCACGUGUG